CCCAAAUCAAUACAUUCAACCCAAACCUAUUCUCGUCAUUCUCUAUUGUCUAACUAAUCCAAAAGGCUGUGAGCAAUACACACGCCCACAUUACCUUUUUUCCUCACGAUAAGGAAACAAAAAAGACAAUUCAUUAUUUUCUCUUUUCAGAUCAAUGGCAACUGGUUUGGUCCGACGAGCGAUAUCUAGGGUUCCGGCCGUAUCUCCGGCCGCUAGGGCCAUCAUCUGCCGCGCCCAUGCGUCGGAGGCCCAGGCCCAGCAGGUCGAGCCCAAGGCAAAGCCCUCCUCCACCCCCAAGACCUUCCAAAUCUACCGAUGGAACCCCGAUUCGCCGCAGAAGCCCGAGCUCCAGAACUACGAAAUCGACCUCAAGGACUGCGGCCCCAUGGUCCUCGACGCCCUGAUCAAGAUUAAGAACGAGAUCGACCCGACCCUGACCUUCCGCCGAUCGUGCCGCGAGGGGAUCUGCGGCUCCUGCGCGAUGAACAUCGACGGGCGAAAUGGAUUGGCCUGCCUGACGAAGAUACCCUCGGGCGGAGCCACGAUGAUCACCCCUCUGCCGCACAUGUUCGUGAUUAAGGAUCUGGUGGUGGACAUGACGAAUUUUUACAACCAGUACAAGUCGAUCGAGCCCUGGCUGAAGAGGAAAAAUCCUCCGGAGAAUCCGGGGAAGGAGGUUCUGCAGAGCAAGGAGGAUAGGAAGAAGUUGGAUGGGAUGUACGAGUGCAUCCUGUGCGCCUGCUGCAGCACCUCCUGCCCCAGUUACUGGUGGAACCCGGAGUCUUAUUUGGGUCCCGCUGCUCUCUUGCACGCCAAUAGAUGGAUAAUGGACAGUCGUGAUGAGUACACAAAGGAGCGUCUUGAGGCUAUAGAUGACGAGUUUAAGCUGUAUCGUUGCCAUACCAUUUUGAAUUGUGCUAAAGCAUGCCCUAAGGGUCUGAACCCAGGAAAACAAAUUCAGAAUAUCAAGAAACUCGAGCUCACAAGUUAGACUUUGAUGACCUGAUUGUGCAAUGGUUUUCUGCACAGGAAUUUUUUUCAAGGCUUUUACAUGAUUUUAUGGCAAUAAUUUAAGCAGUGAUUAUGUGUUUUAUGCGUAAUCCUCUCACAUUUGUACCUUUCGAAAGGUCGAAUUUUUAAAAUAUUACAUUAUUAUUUCAGUUUUCUUGUUGUGUGCUUGCCUAAUCUGGAUCAAGUAGAUGAGGAAUCUGAUAAUUAUUACCUUUCUGUUAGUUUGAUUGAAACAUAGUGUUGGGAGAUUAGACAUUGUUUGAUUGAGCAGACGUGAAUCUUCAUUUGCUUGUGGUUUUAUGUUUGGUUGCUAAUUGCUAUGAAGAUUAUCAGCCUGUCUACUGUCUAGUGUUGGUUGAACGGAGAUUAACUG